AGAUAUCAAGAUCAUACAUAAAAUUGUGCGCCCACUAAAAUGUCUUCUCACAAGGAUAACAAACAGAGACGCAACGAUCAUAUUCUCAAAAAUUUGCCGACAGAAGUGUUACUUAAAGCUAGAAGUACAUUAGUUUCGAUAAGUGGAGCCUUAAAACCAAAAAGUGAAAGUCAGCAGCGUACAAAAUUUACAAAGGAAGACUCAAAAGAUAGAAAAAAACCGGACAGGUUAAAAAUUAGUCGUUCGGAACCAGAAUUCAGUGAAAUUAGAAAAUCAAAACACAGAAGUCGUAUAGAUGAUAGACCAACCAGGGAUUACGCAGUUGGAGCAAAACCGAGGCCAUUAUCGGUUGGUGCAGUAAAGAGAUUUGAUAGGGAACCUGAACAUUUUCCUAAUGGUAGCUUCCCGAAGGAGGCGUCCCCAAUGUUACAGAAACAUUUUGAUUCGUCCGACGAUGUGUGUGUGCAAUCUUGUUUAGUGUUACCUGUUGCCGAAAGGUUAAGUGCUCAAGACUUUCAUUUGCAUGAAGGUAGCGAGAGACCACGAAAAAAGUUAUCAUUCCGGGAACCUGAAAUCAUUGGUAAUAGUAGUGCCACCCUUGGACGAUCACAUAAGCUUAUGGGUGUUAACAGUUUGUCCCGAAGACCCAAUCGAUUAUCAUUAAGAUCGGAAAUGCACUCUUCUUUGGAAGGCAUCGAUUCUGAUUUAGAGAGCCAAGCGAUGCGCAUCGUCCGCACAGUAGGUCAAGCAUUUGAAGUGUGUCAUAAAAUUCAGCAAUCAAACAAUCCAGACCAGCCCGCUCCCUCAACCUCUUCAGCGGUGGACGAACCGGCGCCCAGCGGCAUCGCCAGCGACGCACCUCCUCCCAAAGAAGCGGCUUCAGAUUGUGCCGUGUCGGAAGCUGGUGGUGCGUCUACUUCGAAGGCAGCAGAAGAGACUGCGGCUCAUGUGCUAGAACCAUCCAGACCUACCCAUCUCGACUUCCUACCGCCGCCGCCACGUAAAGAUAGAAAAAAGUCACCACAGCGUAUAACUCCAACGCCGAGUAUCAACUUUCCCGAUUUACCGGAGUGCGUGAUCAACUUCGAUUCCAAAGCCAACGGAGAGACACCCGAUGACAGCACACCCUUGAGCGCCCAACACCAGCUGCAGUUACUCCGCGAACGGCUGGAGCAACAAGUGCAACAGACGCGCGCUGCUGUAGCUCAAUUGCUGCUUCUUAGAGACCAACUGGCUGCAGAACAAGCGGCGCGUUGUGAAGCCCAGGCCCGAACUCACCAGCUUUUGGUCCACAACAAAGAAUUGCUAGAGCACAUAGCAGCGUUAGUAGCUCAUUUACAAGAAAGAGAGAGGGGAUCUACUAAGCCAAUCAACGCUCAACAACUAACCCUAUUACCUCAGGCAAGAGCUGAUGUUGGAUCCAAAGAUACUCCCAAAACAAACAUUCAACCGUUGAUGAAUGGAAAUCUGCAACAUAUCAAUACGGAACAACUUAUCAAUCUGAUAACACAAAAUACAAAUGUAAAUAAAAAAGUUGAAAGCAACAACAAUACGUUUUCACCGUUCUGCACCACGCCCACCUUGCCACAAAGCCCAACUUCUGCUCCAUCAUUCGGUGGAAUGACGAAUGAACAAAUUCAAAACUAUUUGAUCUCUAAAUUUCAAGACAUGGGUGGAUUUCCAACAACCCCAGAAACGAAGCUAACAAACAACCAACAGUUUUUCCAGAACUGCAACGCCUUCCCGAACAUACCACCGCUGACCAAUCAUUACAGUCAUACGGACAUCGCAAACAUACUAAACCAUAACAUAUACAAGGACAUGAGUAGCUCUACAGAUGAAUUAGGUGCUAUAGCUCAAGCGAUGAGUCUAGGACAUUCCGAAAAUUCUCUGUGCAGCAACAGCCAAGCCACCACAUCUAAAGAUUCUACUCCAGACGGGUUGAGUUCAGAUGAAGGCGUCCCGUUCAUAAUGCCUUUAUCGCACAAUGGUACUCUAACUGCCAAAGGAGAAGAUGGUCGCAUGAGACUUAUCGUACCAGUGAGCCCUUCAGGAAGUACAUCUGAUAUAGUUGAAAUACCAAAGGAUACAGACGGAUACACUGGUAUAACAUUAAAAGUACCCGAACGCUUGGCUCCAGCUGCCCCAAUUACUCGUACUACAAGCGAAAAAGUACCAAACCGCAGCGAAAUGAUGACCGCUUUACGAUCUCAGUGGACAAGACACACCACCAAGUAG